AUGGGAUCUUUGAAAUGGGAGCUGGUGUCUGAUUGUCUGAAGUGUUGCGCUGAGGAUUCAGACGAUGCGACAAGCAAGGUUAUAUAUUCUGGUGCGAUUUUAGAGGUGUGCAUGAGGAAAUUGGUGUUUUAUCCCGAGCUAGUCGGCUUUAUAGAGGAAGAGAAGGAUAAAUUCCCAUCGGUCAAAGUUCAAUACGCGUUCAAUUCUCCGCCCAAGUUGAUCAUGUUGGAUGACGACGGGCAGCUUAAGGAAACCAUUAGAGUUGAUAACUGGAAACGAGAGCACAUUCUGCAGUUCCUCAAGGAGAAAGUGAAGCCAUCGUCGGAUACCUAA